UGAGGACCCUUGACCUCUGACCCAAGAUGGCGGCGCCCAGAGCGGUCGCUCUUGCUGCUCUUGCCUCGUGAAGGAAGACCGGGGCCUCGUGUCAUGUCGAAGCUGAACCGGGUCAGCCGGGCCCUUCGGAGGCCGAACGUCGGUGGCGUGAUCCGCACCAUCGUGCGGGCCGGCCAGGCCAGGCCCGGGCCCCCUCUCGGCCCCAUCUUGGGUCAGCGAGGCGUUUCCAUCAACCAGUUCUGCACAGACUUCAACGAGAAGACCAAGGACAUCAAAGAAGGCAUUCCUCUACCGACCAAGAUUUUUGUGAAGCCUGAUCGUACAUUUGAAAUCAAGAUCGGACAGCCCACCGUUUCCUACUUCCUGAAAGCGGCUGCUGGGAUUGAGAAGGGGGCCCGGAACACAGGGCGAGAGGUAGCUGGCCUGCUGAGCUUAAAGCACAUAUAUGAAAUCGCUCGAGUCAAAGCCCAGGACGACGCCUUUGCCUUGCAGGAUGUGCCUCUGUCCUCGGUUGUCCGUUCCGUCCUUGGCUCUGCCCGUUCCCUGGGCAUCCGUGUAGUGAGGGACCUGAGUUCAGAAGAGCUGGAAGCCUUCCAGAAGGAGCGAGCUAUAUUUCUGGCUGCUCAGAAAGAAGCCGAUUUGGCAGCCAAGGAAGAAACUAACACCAGGAAAUGAGCCCCCAGCCUCCGAGCCUCAGGAUGGUGAAGGAAGCAGGUGAAGGACUGAGAGGAAGGACGGUCCCCCCCGCCUGCUGAUCCUCCUUACUUCAUAUAUUUCUGCACAUCACAGACCAUGUCUAACGAUCAAAUGUGAAUAAACAUCCUUGGGUGCGGCCCAGGAGGUGGUGCAGUGGAAAAAGUGUCGGACUCUCAAGCAUGAGGUCCCGAGUUUGAUCUCCAGCAGUUCAUGUACCAGAGUGAUGUCUGCUUCUCUUUCUCUCUCUACUAUCUCAUAAAUCAAUCAAAUCUUUAAAAGAGAUGAAGAGA